AUGGGGACCAUAUUACUAAGAAGUGUAUUGUUCAUUGUAUUUACUAUUUACGCGUUCGGUGAUGAAAUCGAGAUGGAAGUUCAAAGUAAUGCAGUUAUGAAAAUGAUGAGAGAGAUGGUUAACCAAACUACAGCCGAAGCCUUAAAUUUGCCCGCCAACGCAACUUCGAUUCGAGAAAAUAUCACUGAUACAUUCAGCUGUGAAAACCGCACCUACGGUUAUUAUGCUGAUGUGGACAACGAGUGUCAACUUUUCCACGUGUGCCUUCCUACACAGACUACAACUGGACGCAAUAUCACAUAUAAAUUCAGUUUCAUAUGCCCAAAGGAAACUAUGUUUAAUCAGGAAGUACUAGUGUGCACAAGACCCAGAGAAUCAAUUCCAUGUGAAGAAUCACCCAGUUUCUACGACCUCAACAUGGAAAUCGGUAAAAUAGCAGACCCAGACGUUAACAGAGAAGAUUUUGAUAUAAACACUAAUAAACAAACCGAAAAUAUACCGGUAAAAGAAAACGUUAGUAUAAAGAAACAAAAUCGGAACCAAAACCGUAAAAAACAAAAUAUUAUCAUGGAUGCGUUGUUAAAGGAAGCUGAAGAACAAAUGGACAUGAAUGAAGAAAUAAAUGAAAAGCCCAUAGAUAUUGAUAUUGAACCGGAAGCAAAAGUUGAGGUUACUCCAUAUAAUCCAGAAGUAACACUACCAACGAUUCAAUAUAAACCUGAAAUGAUUAUGGAAAAAGCAGUCCUAUACGAACCUGAAAUAAACCAUGAGCCAAGCGAAUAUAAACCUAACACACCGGAAAUCAACGACGAAUUAGAAAACACACGGUGGGGCUCAGAUAGAAGUAAUAAGAGAACCGGUAGGAAAAUGUGGAGGGGCUCUAUGAAAUUUAAAGUAUGA